AUGCUGGGUAUCUCUAUCUCCUAUUUCUUACAAGGAUCAGCGAGAAAUUACUGGUGGUUCGCCUUCUUCCGGUUCCUCACUGGUUUGAGUGGAGGCGGCCGACCGGUGGCCAUGGCUUAUAUCACAGACACUCUGACCGACGGAGCUGGUCGUUUGGUCGGAACUAUCACGGCUGGCCUCAUGUACGAUGCUCACCCCUAUGUACCAUUUUUGACCGCUGGCGUCGGGUCACUCCUGGCUGGGUCCGCUUGUUCUCUGCUCUAUCACCGAGUCCAUCCUCUUACCGGCCUACGAACACAAUAUCUUUUCGAGGCCUAUUUCACUCUUGAUAAGAAUAGUUCUCGAGGACGGGGUAUGGCAUAUCUUCGGGCGGCAUAG